UUUUUCUCUGAUCAGACUUGGAGCCACACCGCGCUGCCUCCUGCACGCAGACAGGAUGUCGGAACUUUCCGUCAAUGACCACCUCGAAGGGAUUUUAUCAGAUUUUGAAGCACUGAAAAGGUCCUUCGAAAUUGAAGAUGUGGAAGACAUACCAUCCUUCUCCUCACCCUCCCCUGUCUCCACUCCCAUUUCCCCCUCUUCCUCCCAUUUCUUCCUCAACCACAAUAAAGCCAACGAGGAGCGUGGAGGAGGUGGCCAGUCCCCUUCAUUAGCCUUCAACAACAACAAUAACAGCCUUGGCUCUGCAGCCCACCGCUCCUGCAUAAGCCUGAGUUCCAAUCCCAGCCCAGUCCUCAAGUCCCGUACAGUAGUCAGCAGCCUGUCCUUCAACCGGGGGACCAUGAACAAGCCAGCCAUCCACAACAACAGCUCCUCUGUGGCCAGAGCUGCAUCCUUCCAGAGCAGGUUAAACCCCAACAGUUACUCCAUGUUGUCUGGGCCAGGCAGUGACAAUGACAGCCUUCACAGCUCCACAUCCAGCCUGGACUACUCUGGUGGGGGUGCCCUAUCUCUUACUAAGCUUGGGUCAUAUCCCAGCCCUACACCCCAGGUGGAGUACCACCAAACCCAGCCACAACUCCCACAACAGCACCUAGAAGGGGGUACCAACUUGGGAAAUAACCACAGCCUAAAGAAGUUCUCCUCCCAUGGGAGUGUUUUCCACUCUGAGAUAGACCAGGGGCGAGGGAUGAUGCUGGGUGUUCCACAGCCUCGGGGGGUAAACCAUGGCUCCAUGCCCAGCCUAGACCUCCAAAUUUGUGAUGGAGGAAAUGUGGGUAUGCAAAGAGGUGGAGGUGGAGGUGGAGGCAGGAUGUCUCCAGGGUUGAGGUAUGCCAAUGCUGAUGCCAACUGGAAUGGUCAUCUUCAUAAUGCCACCUUUUUUGAGGAGGAGGGCUAUGGUGGCUCUAGAUACCACUCCCAGCAGCAAGGCCCUCAGGUCCUCAAGGCUCCCCAGCCUAAGGCCAAAGAGAUACCGCGCCUCAACAAGUUUCCCUUGGAUCUAGACAGCUUGGUAAACAGCACUGCAAUGACAUCUCCCACCAAGUCUCAAGGAGGAUCCAUGAACCCCAACCCCCCCAAGCCUCCUCCAAGGAGCAUGGGGGGCCUCCAGCACCUCACCAGCCCACAAUCCACCACAGCCAGCCCUUCAGCCUCUCUCAGCAGCCUAGAUAGUUCCUCUGACACCCCACCCCUCUCCCUCCAUCAUCCCUAUUUGUCUUUUUCCCCCCGUUCUCCAACUCCCUCGCAGGGCUCCAUCCCUGUCCCAGAGAUGAGUUGCUCUCCAGUGAUCCUUUCUCCAGCCCAGAGCCCUCAGCUGGAGAUUCUCUCAGGGCCCCAAGUUGUCCAGAUGGUCCCCAACGUGCCUAGCCCUCACAACUCCUCUAGCCCCUCCAGCCCCAGAGGCAUUCGGUCUUUGGUACAUGGUGAAGGUGAUACCAGAGACAGUGUAGGCUCAAUCUUACAGAGGAUCGCCUCCUUUUCUCGGCCUGUUGUCACUGACCCCGCACCAACAACAGUUACCAAGCCCCCUGCAGUCCAAAGCAAUGGUGGGUUGUCAUCUGCAUUUGAGUGUCCUGCUGAGAUCAUGUCCAUGCCAUCAAAGAAACAAGGGAAGAAGAAACAGGAAGAAACUGCUGGAGAGCUGGAGACAGACCCGCUCACCCCAAUGGAGGAGAGAAAGGAGAAGGAGAGCGGCAUCAUGGGACGAGAGCAAGAAGAUGAGGGCAAGAGUGAAGAACAACCAGCCCGCAUGAAUACCCAGAAUUCAAUCACAGAAAAAGAGGAGAAUUGUGCGGAGGUUUGUGCAGAGAUGCAAGAGAAGGGGAAGGAGAAAGGAAUGGGGGAAGGAGAGAUGAAGAAAGAGAUGGAGUUGGAGGCGGAGGUAAAGGUGGAGCUGUGCCAGUCUGUGCCAGGGCAGCAGAUGAGCUUCAUCAAGGGCACUGACCUGUUUGGCUAUGUGGGCAUUGAGGCAGUGCUGGACCAGAUGAGGCGCAAGACCAUGAAAGCUGGCUUUGAGUUCAACAUCAUGGUGGUUGGUCAGAGCGGUCUGGGGAAGUCCACACUGGUCAACACUCUCUUCAAGUCCAAAGUCAGCCGGAAGUCCUGCAUGCCCAACUACGAACAGAAGAUCUCCAAAACAGUCAAACUGCAUUCAGUCAGCCACAUGAUUGAGGAGAAAGGGGUGAAAAUGAAGCUGACAGUGAUCGACACUCCAGGAUUUGGAGACCAGAUCAACAACGAAAACUGCUGGGACCCCAUAGUGAAGUACGUCAAUGAGCAGUAUGAGAAAUACCUGAGAGAGGAGCUGCAUGUGAACCGCAAGAGGAGAAUACCCGACAGCAGAGUCCACUGCUGCAUCUACUUCCUCCCUGCCACUGGACACAGGUUACGCCCCAUCGAUGUUGAGUUCAUGAAAAGGUUGGGGAAGAUAGUGAGCAUCGUACCUGUCAUCGCCAAAGCCGACACACUCACCAUUGAGGAAAGACAGGAGUUCAAAGAGAGGAUAAGGCAAGACUUGGCAGCCAAUGGGAUUCGUGUUUACCCCCAGAAAGAGUACGACGAGGAUCCAGAGGAUCACAUCCUCAACGACAGGAUCAGGGAAAGCAUUCCCUUUGCUGUGGUGGGAACUGACAAGGAGCACCAGGUGAAUGGAAACAAGGUGCUGGGCCGUAAAACAAAGUGGGGAAUCAUCGAAGUUGAAAAUGUGGCACACUGUGAGUUUGCCAACCUGAGAGAUCUGCUCAUCAGGUCUCACCUGCAGGACCUGAAAGACGUGACGCACAACAUCCACUACGAGACCUACCGCGUACAACGGCUCAACGAGUGCAACGUGAACUUCAGCGAACUGGGACUGUCCGUCCGGCCGCUGGAGAAUGGAACUGCUGACAAAUGUGAAUCAGACAGCCACCUCUGAUCUCUGCAGCAUCAACACCGAUGCUCCUCAUCCAGUUAGAAUGAGCGAUGGGGGAGUGAGGGGGAGGGGGGGGUACUAUUUUCACCAUGUUAAAAAAAAAUUUUUUUUAUUGUUUUUUUCCUUUUUUCAUUAUGGGACCAAACUAGUGGAUUGUUUUAAAAUAAGAAAUUCUAUUUGAGUUUUACACAAGACGUAAGAAAUGCAUAAAAUAUGAAUAUAUUUUUGAAUGUGAGCUCAUAUAUAUUUUUUUUUUCUGGAAGGAAGGACUGGUGACAUAUAUAGGGAGAGCAGGCAGUACAACAUGGCAAAAUGAGAGGAAACAAAAACAUAAAGUCUCCCAGUGCUAUCAGACAUAUGUGGACAGCCCAGACCUUAAACAUCAGAUGCUUGCAGCCAGGCCUUAAUGUCUGGUGGAAGGUCUGAAAGCCGAAGAGAGUGGAGGCUGUUACUAUGUUUUUAAGAGUACUCCACUCUAGUUUCUGAUCUGAAGUACUCAAACCUUGAAAUAAUCAAGUCGUCCCACGUGCUGUGAAGAGGUGGAUGAUUGGCAGGUUUGGUUUAAGUGGCUUCUUAUGAAAAGAUGGCUGCCUUUAUGAAUUUUGAGCUGAGUUAAUGGCAGAUGCAACUGAUUGUAGGGAAUAGAAACUAAAGGAUUAGACUGUAGGGUUUUGGAGAACACGGCGUACUGUAUCAUUCACCCUGAGUUUCGGCAUUUGCAAGCCUCCUUUUUCCAUUCAGGGCUCCAUGUCCACACUUGGAUAAAACGAAGAAGAAGCUGGUUGCGUGUUGAAGGUUUAAGAUGCUGUUUGUUUUUUUGUUUGUUUGUUUGUUUGUUUGUUUGUUUGUUUUGUUUUGUUUUAAGAUUGUGCCAAAACAACAAAAACAUGAUUGAAGUUUUUAAAGAAUACACCCAAAAAUGUUCUAGAGUGGCACAGAUAGAAUGAACGAAGUCAGCUGACCUCAUGAUGCAGAUCUUGCUCAGUCCUUCACCCAGUGGAAAGUGGUGGAUCAUUUUCCGAUUUAUCCACAUUAGUGUGAGUGUUACUUUUUCACUAUCACUUCAUUACCCAGCACUGACAGCUUCCUCCUCCAUAAUGUUCGGUCAGCUCAGUAAUAUUCUGUAAUGUUUGGAGUCGUGCUUUAUUUUAUGUAAUGGCCACAUGUUUUCUGCCUGCCAUCGUUAGUUUACAGAGAGUUAAGUAUUAACUGAGGACUCUUUUUCAUUAAUUGUGCUGGAGUGACCAUUUGCAUGAUAUUCAUUUAAUGACCUCUCUUCUUCAGUGUUUGUAUUUUGCUCUUCAGAUGUUACAAAGACAUUUUUUUUUUUAAUCCAAGAAAAGCUGUUCAAACAUGUUUUCUCUGCUCUGCAUUUCACAUUCACAGUGGUUGCCAGUUCUCUGCUAGUAACCACUGAUCAGCUGGAGCUGGAUGAUAAACAUAAAGUAUCAAGUUUGACUAUCUGUGCCCUGGUUUUGCCAUCAUGCUUACUCACCGGCUUUGUCAUAGUUAUUUUAGACAGGGACACCCCUUACUGCAUAAACAGUGUGAUGUUGAGUCAGAUGGCUUUAAAGAAGUCCAGUUUAAACCACUUCAGAACCAGUAGAACCCAGUCCUCCAGCGGCAGACCUGUACCCAACCACUGAACAUUUGCUACCACAUUAGAAGAAAAGAAUUUCUUUUGUCAAAAUUAAAGAACUUAAUGCGUUUUGUGCACUAAUUACCUUAAACUUAGUACAAUCAUAGUAUUUUUCUCAAUACUGCCUGUGAAGCCCACAAUAACAGGGUCCUGAUGUUGAACUAUAAUAGGCCAUCAGUAUGUAAGGUAACCAGCUACUCAAUUUGCAUGUAGUGUCCCAUCUCAUGUUGCAAGUCUCACGCAAAGUCCAGUGGGAGAAAGCAAACAUCAUAGCCAGUGCCGACGAUUAGCUUAGCCUGUAACAGAUGAGAUAACAAACAUAGCAUCGGUCCCAGGUCAGGUUUGGGUCAUAAAUUUGGUAAUACAGGUCAGGUUCUUGAAGAUGCAGGUAUGGGCAAGAUUCAGGUCUUGCAGAACUUCAUUACUCUAUUACUGUUGCAACUAGCUAACUGACAUGACUAAAGACAAAACCACUGACAGUUUAAGAGAACUUGAGACUUUCUCCAGGAGAAGCUUGAGAGAAAAAGACAAAAGGCAUGUGUCCUAUAAUGUUGUUUAAAAUGCCAAACAUUUACCGCAAUUGUGACACCCCCUCCAACACCGCCACACCAUCAUUUGCAAGAAUGUUAUCAGUCUAAAAAUGUGUGUCACAUCAGUGCAACAAUAUGAUUAAUCCUGACUUCUCAGAGUAGGAAAUCACAGGUGAUACUAAUAACAUUAACAAUGGCUCAGUUCUUUUCAGGUGUCUCAGUAAGUCAUGACAGUGUGACAGGGAACUGAAGCAGCUAAAUGGAAUUCAGCCAUCGUUCAUUUUACGAGAGAAAAGGGCCUGCAGCUACUCGUGUGUGAGGGUAACUGCUGUAGGGUUUGAAAUGUUCAAAUGAUUGUUAAUGUCAAGAUGGUAAAGUGUGCUCAGCUGUCUGCCCAGGGAUAAAUGAAGAUUAAAAUCUGAAAAUCAGUAGACUCCUUAAAGGUACCCUGUGGAGUUUUCUUACAAACAAAAAAAAGUUGUGUUUACAUUCAGUAUUACCCACCAAAACUUAAGUAUUUUAAUACCUGCAUUAUUCCAUCUAUGUUUCGCAGCCUGAAGUCUUCUUCUCUGCCUUUGUUGGCAAAAUGCUGCACAUUUUGGUGUGUUACUGCCACCUGUAGGUCGAUGGGUGCAUAGACAUACUCCAUAUCCCCUUUUUUUUUUUUUUUAACGGUGUAACUACAGAGCAGACGAAAAUGUUAAUUGGUCUUUUCAAAGUAAUGGCUCACUUACCUGCUUUCCAAAACAUGAUUUUCCCUCUGCAGCCACUUAUGAUCGACAGUGACACCAACCGCCCCAACAGUCACAUUUCACUUUGAUUCACAUACUGUAUGUCAGACACUGAGUGUUUCUGUCUUCUUACCUCUCUGCUCUUCUCUGUAUCCUGAACCUCGGUGUCAGCUUCUCACGCUUGUGUUUUAUACUCAGCAUGUACUAACAGAUCCAUAUGAUUAUUGUCUUUGUUUAUUUGUGGUUUUUUUUUUUUUUAGUAUUAAUGAUACAUGUUAACACUUUGUUGAUUGAACAUUAAAUACCUGUCACUUUCUCAGUCCAGUGUAAAGUCAUUGUAAUAAACCUACUGAUUUCUACUUUCUAGCUGCACCACUGCAGCUAAGUACCAGUUACCAGUUAAAGUGGGCAACUACCCUGGGGCCCCACACAACCAGGGGCCUCAAAAGAGCCCCGGUUCACUGCCUGUUAUC